CUGGUUGGGAAAGGCUGGCAUAGUGGCAUCUUCCUCUCUAUUGCAGGGCUGGGUGAGAAAGUUCCUAUCCGCCCAGCCCAGCACCACAAUGGUAGGACAAUUUCUCUGUAUUCUUCAGGAUUGAUCUGAAGAGGAAAAAAGAGUGAGCAGAGGAGGUUGGGGGACAGAGUUGCCAUGCCCACUCACACUUUCGCCAUGCACACCACUGGCAUGAGACCCUCAGAUGCUUGGCCAACAGUAAAUGCAAUCCUUGGGUCAAAAUGGUUGGCCACCCUUGUUCCACAGAACCAGCAAGUGCAGGCAGACGAUGAACAAGAGCACUCUUAGGAGUGGGGAUACAUGGCAACCUUAUGUUGCAGAUCUCACUUGUCUAUACAAACAUCGAUGACACAAUCACUAAAAUUCAGUAAAAAAAAAGUAUGGGGUGUAUCUUGUAGUCUUUGACUAGCACAGCCUUUCCCAACUAGUGGGCCACCAGAUGUUGGACCACAACUCCCAUCAGCCUCAGCCAGCAUUGCCAAUGGUCAGGAAAGAUGGGAAUUGUGGUCCAACAACAUCUGGUGGCCCACUAGUUGGGAAAGGCUGGACUAGCAGGUCAGAGUUUUGGGGCAUCUUAGUCCAAAAUACAAGCACAGUCUUCUCUUGUACUAUGUGGAGGAGUACAUAUGCAAAGGGACACUAAGGUCUAUUUAUUAAUUUUGUAAUGCACCUCUGUAUUCCAUGCUGGUGUAAUGCUGACCCAUACACAGUUGCUUUUAUGUGAACUGGGUAGAUUUCUGAAAAGACUUCCACAUGCCCUUGUAUAAAAUAAGGAACACCACACAGAAAUAACCUCAAAUGGUGUAGAUGAAGCCAACCAUAGUAGACUCCCAGAGGAACAUGGAUUGAUAAGCGGGCUUCAGAGUGUUAUAGAACUCUUCUCCAGCAUUAGCUAUUUAGAGCUUUGGGGGGGGUUGCAUAUAUAGGCUAAUAUGUACCUAGCUAAGUCAAUAAGUUACUUUUACAUUUUCUGAGCAAAGAAACAGGAAAGUAGACAAUAAUGCAACUCCAGUUAAACUAGACCUUGCUGAAAGGAUUCAGAUUACAAACUCAGUCCAAAAACAAACUGAUGAAUAGAAAUGCUUGCUGUUGGGGAAUGAAGCAACUGAAAAAAUAAUUUCUGCAUUGCCAGUUCCAUUUGGGCUUUUCAAGCUUUAGAACAAGCAAGACAAAAAGAUAGUUCUUUGAGAUAAAUUUGGAAACCAUACCAGGCAAUGUCUGAUGUCAAUGAGCGUGAGGGAAUAGUUCAUUUGCAUAAGAUCGAUGCCGCAGGAUGAUUUUGUAAUGAAAAUAUAUACAUAUAAAUCCAGCUAAAGAUAGUGUGACUGGCUGUCUUUUGUGCCUUUUGUUGUGGAUUGUUAGGGCUCUGUGACAUGGAUUUUACAGGGAUUAGUGGGUCGCUGAAGUGGCUAGUAGCAAAUCCAAAUAAAAGCAAUAGAAAAUAAUACAAGGAAGGGAGAGGAUACAAGCAAAGCUGAGGAAAAACAGAGAAAAGGGUACUUGUGGUAACAAACCAUCCUCUGGUCUCAACAGCUUGUAAGAGUGGGUUGAAGAUUCUCAGUCGUUUGAGGGGGAAAUGCCUGUGUUGUUGAUCUCAGAGGGUUAAGCUAUGCUGCCAGGAAUUUGCAUUUCUCCCUAAGCUGUGGGGGAUGGAAGAGGGAGGGAAGGGGCCAGGCACACAAGUGGAGAAUUCUCUAUUGGUCUGGAAUGCAUGAGCCGAGGAAGGGAUUUUUGUGGACGCACACACAGCCUUAUGUGAGCCGUGCCUCGGCUACUGCUGUCACCCCCGGGACAGCUGAACCGGGUGAUGGCUUCCUCAGAGCGGCCCCUUGUGACCUCCCACCACCGGGACCUCUGUCGCCGCACUGUUCAUCUCCUGAGGAAAAUGCGCUCGGAUGUCAGUAGCCUCCUGGAGUCCUAUAUUGAGAAACAAGGGUUGGACAAAAACUUCAACUUGGACUCAAUUGAUGGUGUGCCAACAGCUGACACUGAACGAUGGAGCGAGAUCUCAGAUGCGGACAGGCUGGGAGACAACCUGAAGGCUUACUGGGCAUUUCAAAUUUUACUGGAGGAAAUCCUGGAAGUGCAGAGGUCUAACUUGACCCCGACUGAUGUAUCUUUCCAUAAGUCUAUCCAGUCAGUAAUGCUGCAAGUUUCUGGUCUGGCUUACCAACUGCAGGAACUGAUGGUAACAUUGGAGCACAAUGUGCCAGCCAAAGAGCUGGAAAGUACCAGAGGUGGUGAUGAAAAGGGCUCCUUUGAAAAGAAAAUGAAGGGCAUGAAAGUGCUACAGGAGCUUGCCCAGUGGACUGUCAGGUCUGUCCGGGACCUACACCAAAUUUCCAAGUCCGUUCAGGCAAGUGCUGUCCCACGUACAAGUCGCCGCCUGGCUCAAGCCCAGAAAAAAUGAGGCUGCUCUUUUGUUGAGAUACUUUCCUUCCAAAAGGCCAUACCUUGCCCUCAACUGUGGUCUAUUAGACUGUAUGGUGUGGUCAGAGUGAGCUCUCUGAGACAGCUUGGACUGAGUAGUGUUUUCCAGAUGUUAUUAUUAUUUAUUUCCUUUUGAGGAAUCCUCAAAUUCAAGCCCUCCAACGACAUACAUUUUGGGUGGAUUCACACAACCAUGUGUUUUUUUUCAUGUGGAGACUUCAAUGACCACAUGGUGGUGGUUGUUAAUUUAAUUAAGACUUACACACACUUUGUCCCAAGAAUUCAGGUUGGGUUGCAGUAUGUAUAGCAUUACAGCAACCUUAUCAAAAUUUAAGCUGCAGGGGGUCAGCAGGCAAGGAGAUUUCAGCCCCUCUCUCCUUUUUUAACAGUCUAAAAUCUGCACUCUACUUGCUGUACCAUACUGACUUGUUGGUUUGCAUCAAAUAUUUUUAAAGCCCACUCAUGUUGUAGCCAUCAGUGGAAGAGAAAGCUUUGACUUAAAUGAGUUCACUAAAUGAAUACCUUGGUCAUUAAUCACCUGAAUCCACCCAUGCUUAGUUUCACUUGGGCAAAUUCAAUUAAAAUGAUAAAAACUGGAUACAAUAACACCAUGGUGUGUGAUGCAUAAUAGAGCACUGCUCAGAUCUGGAACUCCUGAAACAUCUGUUGGGCUAUAUCCAGUGUUGUCCCUCUGAUGAAGGAAGGCUCUCUGAUUCAGCAUUUCAAGUUAUUUCCACUGAUUCCACUUCCCUCUGCAGCCCUCAAAACUUCUCAAGAGGGUUGGGGGACCCUUUAGGAAACUGUGGUAGGUGUCAUAAGAAACUACAGUAGAAAUAGUGAAUUUGCAAAAUCAGCUUCACCCUCCUUCAGUUCACAAAAGUCCCUGCUGGAAUAAAGAUCCUUCCAUUCAGGGGAAGGGAUAUAGUUGAAUAAGACUAUGGAUGUAUGGACCCGUCAAGGUCCAAUUCACCCCAGUUCACCAUAGGGGAUCUAAAGUGGACCUUGCAGGAGUUUUUAAGUGGGCUUCAUGAUAGGAUCCAGGUCAUUAUUCACCUGGACUGGAUCAGGUUAAGUCCGCUUUGGAAUAAGUCUUCUGCGAAUGCUUCUCCCAUCCCUAGAUACAACCCAUUAUGUCUGACUUUAAUAACUUUUCAUAGAAUAGUAGAGUUGGAAGGGGCCUAUAAGGCCAUCAGGUCCAACCCCCUGCUCAAUGCAGGAAUCCAAAUCAUGGCUUCAAUUGGAGGAAAAUCUAAGCUGGCCAUGAAGCUCCACCACUUAGCAAAAAUAACGAUGGUAAUAUCAUGUCCAACAAAUUGGAGGAAUUAAGCACAUCACUUUCAAAUUCUCAGUUCUACCAUGACCAGAAGUUGUUUAAUCCACGUUCCAUGAAUGCCUAGUUCUGAAUCUAGCUGAAUAGGAUGAAGGGAUAAGAGGGCCUGCAAAGGUAAAAAAAUUGCCAGGCAAACUACUACAAGUUCAUUGCUAAACAUUCACUUUACCUGGAGUAUAUUAUGGAAGUGGUUAUAUAAUGGUGUUUCUGCUUCACAGCUGAGUACUAAACUUGCUUGUGCCCUAAUGCAUUCUCUGAACAGUAAUAGCAGGGUCCAAAAGAGAAUGUUGCUUUCCAUUGGUAAGGCUGACUGUUGACAGAGCAUAGCUUGUACUCCAGAAAACUCCUAUACCGAACCUGCUUUGCUAACACUUUGCACAGUAGAAAGUGUUUUUAUUGCUGCAGGAAACGGGUCCACUACCUUUUAAGAGUUCUAGACUUACUGAAAUUGAAAUUUAAUUUAGCCAUUAUAUCGAAAGGCUGUAUACAAAAAAGGUUCAUAUUUUCUGGAAGUGGCUGCUUUAAAACCAAACUGGUUAGCAUUUUGUUUCUGCUAACCUGACCAGUUAAUUUAUUAGAUUAAGCUCCAAUCCUGAACAUUCUUAGUAGACUGAUAGUAACCCGUAUUGAACAUAGUGGGUUUUUAUUGCUGAGUAAAUUUGGAUAGGAUUUGCACUGCUUUACAAUGAGCCAUUUGGCUACAAUCCUGUGCACACUUACUCAGGAGCAAAUCCCAUUGAACUCUAUUGGAAUUCUUUCUGAGUAAACAUGGAUAGGAUUAUGGAAUUAGUUAAAUGAACUGCUGUAUGGAAAAAUAGUUGUUUCUCUGGGGCAUUUGCAAAUCUUAUUUUUUUUAAAUUGAAUGUACUAAAUACAUGUGUACAUAUUGGCUAAUAAUUCAUGUGGAUCCUCCUUUAAUCUAUGCUAACUGCUAUUUAAAAAGACCUAAUGGAGAAGGGGGGUUGCUUCUUAAUCUGCAUUGGUUCUGUGUUCUUGGAGUAAUUUGCAUGAAUGAAUUAACCCACAGAUGAUUUCUCUGAACAUAGAGAGAGAGGUUCAGCCUCAGGUAACAAUUUGGUAUUAACAAACAGGAAAUGUUAAAUGUUUACAGUCUUUUGUGCUUAAACUAAAAGACCAAAGCAAACUUUGUAUAGUCCAGAUGUGAAUUCAUUGUUUGGGGGGGGUCAAAGGCUGUUUUUAACUGAAUGGGAAGAGUUUCUGCUAGACAAUCCUGGGUAAAUACAGAAGAACAGAGGCUUUACUGAGUGCACAAAAUAGAGAGGAAAGAGACGUAUGUACAAUUUUUCAAACUGGAAAAACAGGUUUGUGUAUGGAGAUGACUUGUGUAUGUAGUGGGUGCGGAAAGGACUUGUGCUAACUCCUUAGUAUUCUGCACCAAACUAAUCCAGAUUUUGCUCCCAGACUAAAAAUAUAGAGAAUUCAAUAAAACCCAUGCACAUUUGACCUGGUGACCCAAUAGGAGUCUUUUGCUGAAUCUGGAAUACUUUGGUAACAGAAGGAAAGAGAUUGGUAAGUAGAAGAGCAAUAGAAGAUAUGUGGGAAGAGGUAUGUGACUAGAGUCCUCUGCACUCUUACUUGGAGAGUAAUUUCCAUUGAACUCAAUGGGAUUUACUUCUGUGUAAACAUAUACAGGAUUGGGCUGUGAAGGUUAUAAAGGGGAGCUGGGUGUAUUCUCUGAAUAUUGGACCCCAUUACAAGUACUGCCCCUGCUGGAUAUAUACUCCAUAGUCAUAAAAGUAAAAUCCCCAAGUUCUAGUUUCAGAUGCCAGAUUCUGUGUAAUAAACCUCUCCACAUACGGAAAAGGACCCCUUACAUUUUCUAUGAAGGUUUGUUGGGCAGGGCAUUUUGCUUUUGCCUGUUUUCACACAGGGGCAAAUGUAAUGCUUGAAAAAGCUUAGACCAGCCUUCCUACACAUGAUCUCCUUGACCCCUCCAGAUGUUAUUGGACUCCAACUCGCAUCAUCCCUGACCGCUGGCCAUGCUAGCAGGAGUCCAAAAAGAUCUGGAGGAUACCAGGUUGGGAUAAACUGGAUUAGACCAAUCAAAAUCUAGAUGUGGGACUUCAGCAACAACAAAGAAAAGCAGCUGUUGAAUACCUCAGUUAGAUAAUGAGAAUACCUCUUCUGUAGGCCCCUAUUUUAAUCAAUAUUUCCAAGGAGCUCCUCUAAAAGUUAUUACCUCCUACAUUUAUAAAAUGAUAUUAUUUCAUUAGAUUAGAUUCAGGUAUGCUGUUCCAUGAAUGGAAUGGCUCCUUCUGUUUGCAGAAGCGACUUGAUCUAGUAGAGGUUCCCACUGGUCAUAGGGGGAGUGACAUUUGCCAAUUUCCCCAGUACAACGUCCCAUGCUGUUCUGGAGAGUUCCCUCAAGCCUCCAGAUCAGAUUUUGAGGGGCUAAAGGGAAAGAGGAAAUUGGUGAAAAUUGCCUCGACAGGAGCACUUUCUGUGAUGCAAGCAAUUCUGGAUCCAAUAUAUUUUUUUAAAAAAUGGACAAGAUCAUUUAAUUUCCAUUUAGAGGUCACCUUUACCCACAUGCUGUUUCUAACCUGAAUAUUUAUAUUUAUCCAUUUUUAAUAAUGUGAAGUGUUUCUUCUAGCAAGUUUUUUUUUACACCUUUAGGAAUAUAUGAAAUCUAAUGAUUGGGGAUGCUUCCUUAUUUUUUAUUGUGAGUUUAGUACUGAUGGGAUAAACCUUGAGUUCUCUAACUUGGAAGCACUGUGAAAGCAUCAUAGUCACUUCACAGUUAUGAUCUCUUACUGCAAGAAGUGUCUAGAAAAAGAAUGUAACGUUAUUAAUAGGGUUGCAAUAUGUAAUUGGUUAAAAACCAUUUUGAUCAACUAAAAAAUCUCCCAUGAUUACUCAGGCAGCUUUUUAUUUGAAAUAUUAAUUUUAAUACAAAUAAUUAUAAAAACUUUUGAUGACAAGGGCAAUCUUAAAAGAGGGCCACGUGUGCCCCACCCCGAUCUAAAACAAAGUAUGCUUACUGUACUACUUGUGUGCAAAUGUAAUCAGUUGAUUAAUCCCCAAACUUAUGUAAUUAAAAUAUUUGUUUAAUUGGGUGAGAGUCCUUAUUGAUUGCCACAAGGUGUGUUAAAGUAUUUUAAUUAAAUAAAAUUGAUUUAUUUUUAACAAGAUA